AUGAAGGGACAUUUGAUCAAAGACCUGAAUGAAGUCAAAGAGCAAGCUAUGGGACCACUGAAAGUCACAGGGGUCCAGAAGUGGGUUCUUAGACCCCAUGCAGGUGCUCCUUGUCUUGGCAAAGGAAUAAUUAUGAGGCCAGUGAGGCGGCAGCAGAUUCUGGCAGGCAUAAGCCCGCAAGAUGCCGGCGGCCUCAGCCCCGCUGCUCCGGGCCGGUGCCUGCCCGCCAGGGAACUGUCAGCUCCGGCUGGGCUCUAUCACAAGAAGGUUGUUGAUCGUUCUGAAAAGCCCCAACAUGUGGGGUCCCUUGAUAAGACAUCUAAAAAUGUAGGAACCGGAUUGGUGGGGGCUCCAGCGUGUGGUGAUAUCAUGAAAUUACAGAUUCAAGCGGAUGAAAAGGGGAAGAUCGGGGACGCCACGUUUAAAACAUUUGGCUGUGGUUCUGUGAUUGCCUCCAGCUCGUUAGCCACUGAAUGGGUAAAGGGGAAGGCGGUGGAGGAAGCCUUGACCAUCAAAAACGCAGGCAUCACCACGGAGCUGUGCCUCCCGCCCGUGAAACUGCACUGCUCCAUGCUGACCGAGGAUGCCGUCAAGGCCGCUCUGGCUGACGACAAAUGGAAACGAGAACCCAGGAAAGGAGAGGCCGAGAAGACGGGAGGCCCCGGCGAAGCCUCCCGCAGGUCACACGGGCUGCUUGCCCCCCACCCCCACCACGCAGUCACAUACGUGUUCAGAAGCCCUUGCACUACAAUAAAAACACAAUGA